CUCUCUCUCUCUGCGUAUAUGUGUACUUGUAUGUUGGAUGGACUGUAUUGUGUGUGCACAUGUGUGUGUGUUUGUGUGUUAGAUGCACCAAGACUUGGUUGAUGAUUGAAACUAAUCAAAUGUGAAGUGGGCAGUCAGAGAAGGAGCCUCUUUACUGAAUUCUCCAUAUAUGUUGGUUGGUGAAAAUCAUGACAAUUAAGGAUGUAGAGUGUAGUGAUUGCUUCUGAACCUUCCUCUUUCACCCAGCCAUCAUCUUUUCUCCAACACACACACACACACACACACACACACACACACACACACACACACACUUGUUUCUCUCAUACAUUUCCUUAAGGCUCCAUUCACUCUCUCUGGUUCAACACUACAUGCAUAUCUUUUCCAAAUUCACUGUGUCAUCAAAACUCACGGCAGGUAAUGAGUUUGGUCUUGUUUUCUAGCAGUUGGAGUCAGUAUCAAUUUCUGAGCACAGAGGCUGAGGGAAAAGUUGAGGCCUACCUAGAUAGCACUUGGGUCUGGGAUCCAUCAUGAACAAAGGGCUACCCGGGACCCAGGCAGAAGGGGUUGAGACAUCUGCAGGCAUUCAGUGGUCAUUGUGUCCUCUGAUGGGGAGGAAGCAGCUGUUGUGACUGAGGAGGCCAAGCCCCUGGACGUGCAGGACUUUCCCUGGUUACUGUCGUCUUUGGGUGUAUAGGGUGGGGUGGCUAGUGGUUUGCUGGCAGACAGUCAUGAGGUGCCCGGUAGGGGAUUGUGUCUCAACCAGGUUUCCUGGCUAGACUGAUGUGGAUCUCCAACAUGUGACUUCAAACAUGCCUCCUGGAACAAUGGUUGGCUUUUUGACUGUGUGGUUUGAAGAAGACGUUUGUGACCAUGGACCAGGAGCGCCCCCGCUGUGAUCUCAGCAUCAACAGCAGAAACGAUCUCCGAAAGGUUCUACAUCUGGAGUUUCUCUACAGGGAAAACAAGGCAAAGGAAAAGCCUCUAAAAACAAACCUUGAGCUCAUCACCAGAUACUUUCUGGAUCAUACAGGAAAUACAGACAACAAUGUAAGUCAAGAAACCCCAAUUCCUGCACUCCAUGUUCCAAAGAAAAACAACAGAUUGCCUGUGAGAUGCUCAGAGGCCACAUUGGUGGAUAUAUACGACCUUUCAGAUGAAGACAUGGGAAGACGCACGUCAUGGUCAGAAGCAAGCAAAGCCAGGCACGACAAUCUCGAUGGUGACAUGCUUGGUAAUUUUGUAUCCUCCAAAAAGACCCCACACAGAUGUAAGCCCGCACACAUAGUCCUGGGUGACAGCCUGCCUUUGGUUCCUGCAUGGGAAAAGGUGGACCAGCUUCACUUAUCAGAGCCUUGCAUAGAUGUGAAGAGGCCAGUGGAGAGGACCAGGCCAAAGUCUGGCCUGAUCGUCCGAGGCAUGAUGGCUGGGCCUGUCGCCAGCUCUCCGCAGGAUUCUUUCCGCAAACGCUCUCUGAGACGGUCCUCAGCCUUGAGCAGGAAGCUCCAAGCCCCAGAGGAGAGCCAACAGCAGACUGAGCCUGCUGUGCAUACUCCAGCCUGUCCAGGUCCACAGGAGGUCCCUGCUUCCAGCAGUGACUCUGUCUCCAGGAGCCCUCUGGGCCAGCUGAAUGAACUGUCUGCGGAGAAGCCAAAUGCCACUUCCAGCAGCCAAGGGCUGUCCCUGAGGGACAGGCCCAAGCUAAAAAGUGUUUCAGAGGAAAGCCCACUGGGGUGCAGCCACACAGAAACCAGCACAACACCUUUGAAGCUGUACUUGCCUGGUGGGAAUUCCAGGAUGACCCAGGAGCAGCUGGAAAGAACGUUCAAGUGCCAGGGUAGCCAGCCCCCAUCUCUCAGGAAAAACCAGUUGGUUUCAGACAAGGCGGGUGACAAGCCAGAGGCCCUGACGCUAGAGGAUGUUGACGAUGAAAUGAUGAAGGAAAACAUUGUCCUGUCCCCACCCCCAUCGAUGCUCAAGCUGCAAACUGUGUCAAAGCCAAUUGACUUCUCACUGGCGAAGGAGAUAAAGACCCUUCUGUUCGGCUCUACCUUUUGCUGCUUCAGUGAAGAAUGGAAACUUCAGAACUUUUCCUUUAAUGAUAUCGCCUCAUUAAAAUACGGCAUUGUGCAGAACAAGGGUGGUCCCUGUGGGGUUCUGGCGGCUGUUCAAGGAUGUGUGCUGCAGAAGCUCCUGUUUGAAGGAGAUAGGAAAGCCAACUCUAAUCUCCGGCUGUAUCCCUCAGAUGCCCAGAGGACCCACUGCCUUGCCCUGGCCAUUGCAGACAUCCUUUGGCGAGCUGGAGGCAGAGAGCAAGCCGUGGUUGCACUGGCUUCAGGAACACCGCACUUCAGUCCAACAGGGAAAUACAAAGCAGAUGGAGUCUUAGAAACACUCACACUGUAUAGUUGGACCUGCUGUGAGGACCUGGUGACUUUUCUCCAGCAGAGCAUUCAUCAGUUUGAAGUGGGACCCUAUGGUUGCAUCCUGCUCACCUUGUCUGCCAUCCUGUCCAGGUCUCCGGAGCUUGUCCGCCAGGACUUUGAUGUCCCAACCAGCCAUCUCAUUGGAGCUCACGGAUACUGCACACAGGAACUUGUCAAUCUUCUCCUGACCGGGAAAGCUGUGUCCAAUGUUUUCAAUGAUGUCAUGGAGCUGGACUCAGGCGAUGGGAACAUCACACUCCUCCGAGGCAUUGAGGCACGCAGCAACAUCGGCUUCUUAUCUCUCUUUGAACACUACAAUGUUUGCCAGGUUGGCUGCUUCCUGAAGACCCCAAAGUUCCCCAUCUGGGUGGUCUGCAGUGAGAGCCACUUCAGCGUCCUCUUCAGCCUCCAGCUGGAGCUCUUGCGUGACUGGAGGACUGAGCGGCUCUUUGACCUGUAUUACUAUGAUGGCUUGGCCAACCAGCAGGAGGAGAUCCGGCUGACUGUUGAUACCACCAAGACCACCUCAGAGGACAGCUGCACUGACCUUGUCCCUCCCCUUGAGCUCUGUAUCAGAACCAAGUGGAAGGGGGCAUCCGUGAACUGGAAUGGCUCAGACCCCAUUCUGUGACCCUUGGACAUCAAGUUCUAUAGCUUCAGCACUCAUCUUUGGAUGACCUCUGGCCACAGAGGCAUGUGGGGCCUUCCAGCUUCUUCCAUGAAGGGCUAUGGUGGGGUCCUGUGUGCUGCUGAGGUUCCCUCCUGGCCCAGCUGUGACUGCCAAAGACAAGAAGGCCAUCAGAGACUCUGCUGCCUUUGUCUGCAUCCUUCCUGGAUUACCCCUCUUUCCAAGGCCUCUGGUGUGGCUGGCCUUGGGGACUCUGGAUCCUUGUUACUGCAGCUUCCAUAAAGCAAAAGUCAAGCCUA